AUGAGAGAGGAAAUUCAGCUACCGCAACAAGCAUGGUCGAUACCGAUACAAACGAAAAAGAAUGACAUGCAAAUAAUGGACACCACUUCAGUGGAUAUGAACGGAAUAUUAGACGAAGAAUGUUCUUCAGAUGAGAAGAAGAAAAUGGAAACUAAAAUUCAUGUAACUACCAUUUUGAUUUUCAUUCAAAACAUACUAUCAACGAUGGCUAAUGAGUUUUGUACCGAUACGUCAGUGCAUGGUAUUCGAUAUUUUUCCGAACGGAAGCGUCAUUGGAUUGAACGAACCUUUUGGAUGAUCGCAUUUACCUUAUCGGUAUUUUUGUGCACCUAUGCAAUUCGGGACAUUUGGAAAAAAUGGGAAAGACGACCCGUGAUCGUAAGCUUUGAUGACAAGACAACUCCAGUUUCCACAAUUCCAUUCCCCGCAGUUACCGUUUGUGCUACUGACAAAUCCACUAGAAAUAAAGUCAACAUCAUUCGAUUGGUGGCUGCAUUGCUGGCAGUGGAAUUGGAUGGAAAGAAGCGAUUCUCGAAUCUAACAGCCCAUGAGUUGAGCAUAUUAAAUCAAAUAGACGCAUUGCAACAUAUUUGUUUGUCCUGGGGGUUGACUUAUUUCGACCAUGUUACACCUAUCCCGACCACUCAAUCCAUUUACAAAACGAUUAAAGAUAUGGCACCAAAUAAGCGUCCGGAAGGGUAUUCCCUUUACAUGAGCUUUGUAUUGGAACCCAUUUUCACUGUUGAAGGCCUUUGCUACACAUUCAAUUCGCUUAAUUCAAGGGACAUUUACACAGAUGAAAUUGUGCCAGACCUAUUCACCGUGCAAAAUAAUCCAAAUGCAAUUCACUGGAACGUGGAGGAUGGCUACGAUUCGAGUGUUAAUAACAGUGAAUUAUAUCCGUAUCGCGUGUUUGGCGUCGAUUUAGAUGAUACGAUGAAUAUCAGAGUGGGCACUUUUGUUGAUAAUUUUUACAAAUUUUGUGGAGUAUCUGCACAAGGAUUUCGUAUUGCUCUGCAUCCACCCGAUCGUUUUCCGCGACUGCCAAACGAUUUCAUUCAAAUUCCGAUAAAAACUGAGACAUAUAUUUACGUUAAACCAAACGUGAUCACCACAUCAAACGGACUUCGGAAUUAUUCACCGAUAAAAAGAGGUUGUUUCUUCAGAGCCGAACGUAAGCUGCGAUUUUUCAAAUCGUACAGCCAACUUAAUUGUGAACUGGAAUGCUUGACCAAUUACACAAAAAACGAAUGCGACUGUGUUCAAUUCUGGAUGCCGAGAGACAACAAUAUGAAAAUUUGUGCAGGAGUUCCGUGCUAUCUCGAAGCUCGAUACAGCUUUGCAGAGAAACUUAUUAUUGAAAAGUGCAAUUGCCUUCCAGAUUGCACGUCAAUUACCUAUGAUGUGGAAAUAUCACAAAUACCACCCUAUUUUAUUCCAGAAAUUAACAAAACAAUGAGCUUUGUGACCAGUAGGUUGAUGGUGUCAUUCAAACAGCCGCAUUUCAUUGCAAUCAAUCGGACCGAAACCUAUACGAUGGUCGAUUUUAUUGCGAGCUGUGGCGGAUUGUUGGGAUUGUUCAUGGGCAUUUCUGUGUUGAGCAUCGUGGAAUUGAUUUAUCAUUUCACCUUGCGACUGUUUUGCACAAUGAGACGAAGGAAUACAAUCGAAGUGAAUGAUUCAAAUUGCACCAGAUGCAACCAUUGUCUCAAAGUCAACCAACAAUUACAAAAAUGA